AUGCGGCCCCGUCGCCGCCCCUACGCGGCCCCGUCGCCGCCCCUAGUGGCCCCGUCGCCGCCCCUACGCGGCCCCCUCGCCGCUCCUACCGGCCCCUUCGCCGCCCCUAGCGGCCCCGUCGCCGCCCCUAGCGGCCCCGUCGCCGCCCCUACACGGCCCCGUCGCCGCCCCUACACGGCCCCGUCGCCGCCCCUACCGGCCCCGCCGCCGCCCCUACCGAGCAGCCGAGCAGCCCAGCAGCCGAGCCGCCGAGCCGCCCAGCAGCCGAGUCGCCGAGCCGCCGAGCCGCUCAGCGGCCGAGCCGCGGAGCCGCCCAGCAGCCGAGCCGCGGAGCCGCCCAGCAGCCGAGCCGCCGAGCCGCCCAGCAGCCGAGCCGCCAAGGCCGCCGUCGAGUCGCCACUACCAAGCCGCUGUCGAGACGCUGCUACCGCGGUUGCCGCCCUGUUCCUUCCGGCACGCCCCGGCCCUGCCCACCCAGGACUGGUGAGAGCACUCCCUACCACCACUGCUGUCAUGGCUACCCCCAGUGUCCUUACCUUUGAUGCUGAGGGUCGUGCUCUUGACUUCAAGUACAAGAGUGCUAAGACCUUGUACGACGCUGUCGUUGCACGCUACUCUUCCCCUGCCACUGCUGCUCUUAGCCGCCUCAUAGUGCCGUACCUGUUUCCUAACCUCGCCACCUUUCCCACUGUCGCUGACCUCAUUACGCACCUCCGCACUAGUGACACCCGCUACCCCGCUGCGCUUCCUGCUGAGUUCUGCCCCAAGAACCCCCACCCCAUGUACAUCACCCUCUACUACAUAGUUACCCGGCUCCCUGACUCCCUUCGCUCGAUCAGGGACCACUUCCUCUCUGUUUGCCCCACCACACUCACCGUUGACCUCCUCGAGGAGCGCCUCCUGGCAGCUGGGAAGAGUAUAGUUGCUGUAGGAGCCUCUAGAGGUGACCCGCGUGCCCCUGUCUUUGAGGGGUGCUCCCCCUCCCCCCUUUUGCCCUCUAUUGCCUUAGCUGCUGCCGUCAACUUCGUUGGCACCGAGUCGGUCGGCUCUGCGUCUACCCCUAGUGGGCGCCGCCGCACCGGCAAGGGCAAGGGAAGCAAGGGCACUGGAGGGGCUGGCGGGGGCAGUGGAGGUGGAGAUGGAGGAGGCGGAGGGAGUGGGGGUGGUGAUGGGAGUGGUGGCGAGGGUGGGGGCUUCGGUGGCGGCGGUGGCGGCGGAGGCGGCAGCGGCGGUGGCGGUGGGAGCGGAGGAGGAGGCGGUGGCGGCGGUGGCGGAGGUGGCGGCGGAGGAGGUGGAGCUAGUCGGGGUGGCUCUGCGCAGCGGGGCGGCUUAGGUGGUGGUCAACGCCAGCAGCAGCAGCGCACUCGCGAGACCCCGUCCCCCCAGCAGCUUCGUGAGUGGUACGCUGGGCGUCAGCGAGGUGGGGGUACUAAUCCCUGUACCUACGUCCUCCGUACCGGCGACCGUGCUGGUAAGCAGUGCGGGGGCUCGCACUCCACCCAGCGCUGCUUCGGCCGCAUGACGGAGGCUUGGCGUCACCAGUUCCCUGACGCCACUAAGAUCCCUCGCUGGGGAGAGCUGUCUAGGGCGGAGGUUGCUAUCUUUGAUCUUGACUAA